AUGAUUAAUUAGAAUAAUUCUAAAAGUUUUGUAGCUGUUAAUCGAAGUCUAACAAACAAAAAUGUGUAAGAGUUUAUUCGUUAAGACUUAAAAAAACUAAGACGUAAGAAAAAGAAUUUGGAUUAACUUUUUUAAGAAGUAGAAGAAAUUGCUUAGAUUUCUUUAUCAAAGAAUCAUUCUGAAGAAAUAAUUGAUGAAGAUGAUUAAGACACAAUUGAAUUGAUUAAUUAGACUUAUUAAUUAAAAAAAUAAGAACUAGAAUAGAAUUCAUCAUAAAAUAGCAGUAGAAUUUUACCAAAUGUUUUAAGUAAAUAAAAAUCAGAUAGAUCAUUAAGAGAAUCAAAAGAUAUAAGUAAAUUAACAAGUAUUACUAAAAUACAUAUUACUUAAAAUGAUGAUUCACUUAUAAGUGAUAAAAGUAUUAAAUUAAAAAAGACUUCUUAUACUCAACGUAAUAUAAAAACAAUUAGACAUUCUGAUUAACACUCUAAAACAUAACCAAAAGUAAGAUUAUUAUCCAAAAAAUAAGAAAUCUAAACUACUUAAAAUGAUGAAAAAGAUAAGUUACCUUUAAUUUGGCAAUAAUAUUAUAAUAUUUAACCAGAAACAGAAAAAGUUGAGGUGAAAAACUCCUUUUUGAAAUUAAAUGAUCAAUUUAAAAAAAUGAGAGAAUAAGUACUUGAACCUUUCUUAAAAGAUCAAAAACUAAAAGUAAAAUUAAUGACACCACUUAUUAUAAGAAAAGAUAAACCAUAUUUUGUAGCUGAAAAUAAAGAUAAUAGUAUACUAAUUUUAAUAAUAUUAUCUAGAGAAUCUAAUUGAUAAUAUGAAAAAUGAAAAUACGAAUCUAAAUAGAGAUGAAUACUUAAUUGUUAGUUAUGAGCAUAUCUUAGAUUAUAUAUGA